CACCAAAAAACAAAAGAUGAGAGAGAGGAAAAAGGAAAGCUCCAGUCUGUCAAAUACGAGAGUUUAGGAUUUUAGACCAUUCAUUCUCCUUAAUUUCUUGAUUUUUUUUUGGGGGGAACGUGAAAUGUAAUGAUCAAAUGGACAGCUGACACAUGCUUCCCCUCCCCCCUGAUUUUCCAAAAAAGCUGCUUCUCAUUCCUUCUUCCCCCCCCCCCUGACAAUAGCAAAAGGCAAAAAAAAAGCUUCGAUCUUUAUCAUUCUUGAUCUUUCGAGAGAGAGAGAGAGAGAGAGAGGGAGGUAGCGCAGCGAUGGAGAGGAGGGAGGAGGAGGACGGGAAUGGGAUUGGGAAUGGGCAUGAACACGACAUUGAGAUAGAGGGGAAGGAGUCGAGCCCCAAGGGAAUGCGACAGCCCCUGCUCCUGCACAGGCACAGCAGCAGUAGCCGCAUCAACCGGACCUCCCAGAUUGCCAUUGUGGGUGCCAACCCCUGCUCCAUUGAGAGCCUUGAUUACGAGAUUGUUGAGAACGAUCUUUUCAAGCAGGAUUGGCGGUCUAGGAAGAAGUCUGAGAUAUAUCAAUACGUAGUUCUCAAAUGGACUCUGGCCCUUCUCAUUGGCCUAGGCACCGGACUGGUUGGGUUUUUCAAUAACAUUGCUGUUGAGAAUAUUGCUGGUUUUAAACUCCUGCUCGCCAACAAUCUGAUGCUUAGAGAAAGGUAUUAUCAGGCAUUUGCUGCAUAUGCUAGCUGCAACAUGAUUUUGGCUGUUGCUGCUGGAGCGCUCUGUGCUUACAUUGCCCCUGCAGCAGCUGGUUCUGGCAUACCAGAGGUGAAAGCAUACCUCAAUGGCAUAGAUGCUCAUACUAUUCUGGCUCCUGGUACCCUUUUUGUAAAGAUUGUUGGUUCCAUCCUUGGAGUUGCAGCUGGAUUUGUUGUAGGAAAGGAAGGACCCAUGGUGCAUACUGGUGCUUGCAUUGCCUCUUUGCUUGGACAGGGAGGAUCUCGCAAGUAUCGUUUGACUUGGAGGUGGCUCAGAUACUUCAAGAAUGAUCGGGAUAGGCGGGAUUUAAUAACAUGUGGUGCAGCAGCUGGAGUAGCAGCAGCAUUUCGAGCUCCUGUGGGCGGGGUCCUCUUUGCACUUGAAGAAGCAGCUUCAUGGUGGCGGAGUGCUCUUCUCUGGAGGACAUUUUUCACAACAGCUGUUGUAGCUGUCGUGCUUAGGAGCUUCAUAGAGUUUUGCAGGAGUGGGAGAUGUGGGUUGUUUGGACAAGGGGGUCUUAUCAUGUUUGAUGUUAAUUCAGCACCUGCCACUUACGGCACCCCAGAUCUAUUGGCAGUUAUUUUCCUUGGAGUUAUUGGAGGUAUUUUUGGGAGCCUUUACAACUAUAUGGUGGACAAGGUCCUUCGAACAUAUAGCAUCAUCAAUGAGAGAGGUCCUUCAUUCAAAAUACUACUUGUUAUCUCCAUCUCUUUUUUAACCUCAUGUUGCUCGUACGGCCUUCCAUGGAUUCUCCAAUGUACACCCUGUCCUGCUCAUGCAGUGGAGGAAUGUCCUACUAUAGGUCGGUCGGGGAACUAUAAGAACUUCCAGUGUCCCCCAAACCACUACAAUGACCUUGCUUCCCUCUUCCUAACGACGAACGAUGAUGCAAUUCGGAGCUUAUUUAGUUCCAGCACCGAGAAGGAGUUUCAAAUCUCUACCCUUUUAGUUUUCUUUGCGGCCAUAUAUUUCCUUGGAAUUGUCACAUAUGGAAUUGCCAUUCCCUCCGGGCUCUUCAUCCCGGUUAUACUUGCUGGGGCCUCAUAUGGCCGCCUUGUGGGGACAUUUCUCGGCCCUCUCUCUGGCCUUGACGCAGGACUCUUUGCCCUUCUCGGAGCUGCCUCCUUCUUGGGUGGCACAAUGAGAAUGACGGUUUCUCUCUGUGUCAUCCUUCUAGAACUCACCAAUAGUUUGUUGAUGCUACCAUUGGUUAUGCUAGUUCUCCUUAUCUCAAAAACGGUGGCAGAUAGUUUCAACAAAGGAGUGUAUGACCAAAUUGUGAAAAUGAAGGGAUUGCCAUACAUGGAAGCACAUGCAGAACCAUACAUGAGGAAUCUGGUGGCAAGCGAUGCUGUUUCUGGUCCCUUGGUUACGUUCUCUGGGGUUGAAAAGGUGGGGAACAUAUUUUAUGCUUUGAAGAUCACCAAGCAUAAUGGGUUUCCCGUGAUUGAUGAGCCACCUUUCUCAGAAGCUCCGGAAUUGUGUGGACUUGUUUUGAGGUCCCAUCUGCUGGUGUUGCUCAAAGGGAGAAAGUUCACGAAGCAGAGGAUAGUGACGGGAUCAGAAAUUGUGAGGAUGUUUAAAGCUCAUGAGUUUGCAAAGCCAGGAUCAGGGAAGGGGCUCAAGCUGGAGGAUUUGGACAUCAAGGAUGAAGAGAUGGAGAUGUUUGUGGAUCUGCAUCCUAUUACUAAUAUGUCGCCUUAUACAGUGCUUGAGACCACAUCAUUAGCUAAAGCUGCUGUUCUCUUCAGGGAGCUUGGACUUAGGCACCUGUGCGUUGUGCCAAAGACACCGGGGAGGCCUCCGAUUGUUGGCAUUCUGACAAGGCACGACUUCAUGCCAGAGCAUGUUCUUGGGUUGCACCCACAUCUUCAUUCGCACAAGUAAAGCAAUGCAAAUUAAGCAAAAGGUGCACUAUUAUAGUGACAUAGAAACAAACUGUACCAUCUAUGCACAGUGGGAAUGAGGGAAAAGUGGGAUGUGUAGAAGGAUGGCCAUGUUUCUGGGUCCAACUGGUAUAGGAUCUGUAGAAAGAGCAGCUCAGCAACUGAUGGGUGACCCGGGAGCAACCACCGGUGCCUCGAAUGUGUAAAUGUGAGUUUGUUCCUUAAUCUUUUCCAUGAAACCAUACCGCUCUUAUGUCUAUAUGAUCAUCCAAGCUUGCGAUACGUGCGGGCUGAGUUGCUGCUUAGCGAAGAAGUUUAAAUCAUCAGGAUCGGAAUAGCUGCUCGCGCUUUCUGCAGUCGUAGAUUUGGGUGGCGUUCUUGAUGGUGCUUAUUAAUAAUAAUAGUAGUGAUGACAGCGAUUAUAAUAGUAAAUAAAAGAGUGGCAAAAGAAAGUGAUAAUAAGAUGUGACCCAGAUGGAUUCCAGACUUCCAUAUGUAUAACUUAAAUUAUUACAUCAGUGACUAUUUUAUUGGUGUCGCCUGCGUUUCCGUGUUCGCAGAUCUGUCACCAUUCUCCCUCGUGCU